AUGGCAGGAACCCACUGGGUGCUAAAACCUUUGGGUGCCCUGCUCUCUGCGCUGACCGCUUUGAGCCUGGCGUGGCCAUCCCGUGGGAGCAUCUCGGUGCCGGGGCCCCGGUGCCGGGCCGAGGCCCGCAGCGGCCGCGUGCGGUGUCGCCAUCCCUCCAAUGCUGGCGCCGUGCUGAGCCGCCGGGAGCCGGCGCAUCUGCAACCUGCCCUGCGGCUCAGGACCGGCUUCCUUCCGUCCCUGUGGGAGCGGGCUUGCGGCUUCUGCAACAUGGCCGCCGCGGUGGCGCUGGCCACGCCCCCAACAGGCCGCCGCGGGGCGCUGGCCUCGCCCCCAACAGGCCGCCGCGGGGCGCUGGCCACGCCCCCAACAGGCCGCCGCGGGGCGCUGGCCACGCCCCCAACAGGCCGCUGCGGAGCACUGGCCACGCCCCCAACAGGCCGCCGCGGGCGCUGGCCACGCCCCCAACAGGCCGCCGCGGGCAUUGGCCACGCCCCAACAGGCCGCCGCGGGCGCUGGCCACGCCCCCAGCAGGCCGCCGCGGGGCGCUGGCCACGCCCCCAACAGGCCGCCGCCAAGAUGGCCGCCCACGCUGCGGUGUUGGCCGCGGCCCCGGGUGGGGACCCGCCGUCUUCUCCACGACUGUCCCCACCCGCGGCCCCGUCCUGCAGGGAGAUCCGCUGUGACAUGGCUGCCGCUGGAGCCCAGGCGGGAGCAGCCGCGCGGGGCCCAGCGGGCCGCGGGGUGAGUGCCACCGCCGACGCCGCGGGCGCUGGCCUCACGGUGGCCCCGUGGGGACGGCGGGGCCCCGGCCGGGCCGGCCCCGGCGUGAGCAGUGACUGCCCCGUGCCCGGCCCCGGCUGCUUCUGUCUCCGAAGCCGCCUGGCCGCCCGCCCCGUGGGCCGGUCUGAGGCCCGGCCUCGGCCUCCUCCCGCCUCCCUCGCCUCGGGGCCGCUGCCGGCGUCAGCCCCAGGCGUCCCCGGCCUCCUCCCGCCUCGGGGCCGGCGUCAGCCCCAGGCGUCCCCGGCCUCCUCCCGCCUCGGGGCCGGCGUCAGCCCCAGGCGUCCCCGGCCUCCUCCAGCCUCAGGGGCCGCGGGGCGGGCGUCAGCCCCAGGCGUCCCCGGCCUCCUCCCGCCUCGGGGCCGGCGUCAGCCCCAGGCGUCCCCGGCCUCCUCCCGCCUCGGGGGCCGCGGGGCCGGCGUCAGCCCCAGGCGUCCCCGGCCUCCUCCCGCCUCGGGGGCCGCGGGGCCGGCGUCAGCCCCAGGCGUCCCCGGCCUCCUCCCGCCUCGGGGGCCGCGGGGCCGGCGUCAGCCCCAGGCGUCCCGGGCCUUCUCCCGCCUCGGGGCCGGCGUCAGCCCCAGGCGUCCCGGGCCUCCUCCCGCCUCGGGGGCCGCGGGGCCGGCGUCAGCCCCAGGCGUCCCGGGCCUCCUCCCGCCUCGGGGCCGGCGUCAGCCCCAGGCGUCCCGGGCCUCCUCCCGCCUCAGGGGCCGGCGUCAGCCCCAGGCGUCCCGGGCCUCCUCCCGCCUCAGGGGCCGGCGUCAGCCCCAGGCGUCCCCGGCCUCCUCCCGCCUCAGGGGCCGGCGUCAGCCCCAGGCGUCCCCGGCCUCCUCCAGCCUCAGGGGCCGGCGUCAGCCCCAGGCGUCCCCGGCCUCCUCCCGCCUCGGGGCCGCGGGGCGGGCGUCAGCCCCAGGCGUCCCCGGCCUCCUCCCGCUUCCCUCGCCUCGGGGCCGGUGUCAGCCCCAGGCGUCCCCGGCCUCCUCCCGCCUCAGGGGCCGCGGGGCCGGCGUCAGCCCCAGGCGUCCCCGGCCUCCUCCCGCCUCGGGGCCGCGGGGCCGGCGUCAGCCCCAGGCGUCCCCGGCCUCCUCCCGCCGCGGGGCCGGCGUCAGCCCCAGGCGUCCCCGGCCUCCUCCCGCUUCCCUCGCCUCGGGGCCGGCGUCAGCCCCAGGCGUCCCCGGCCUCCUCCCGCCUCCCUCGGGCUCGGGGCGGAGCCCCGGGCCGCGCCCGCCGAGGCCCGAGCCACCUUCAGGCUACCUUUGA